AUGGAACAUUACCAAUUCUAUCGUAGUUGGAUGUAUGAUAGAAUGUUUCCUGGACGACGUGGGCUUAAACCACUUUUUAUGGAAGGAGAUGCUGCGUUUCUCUCGUAUGCGUUUUCUCAAGAAUGUUGUCGCAGGGAAGGAGGGGUAAGGUGUCCGUGUUUAAAGUGUGGUUGCAGAAAUAUUACUAGUGACCCUAGUGAAGUGAAACGUCACUUGGAGAGAGUGGGUUUUAGGCAAAAUUACUGGGUUUGGACAUCUAAUGGGGAAACAAUGCAGGAGAUGAAUACAGAGGCUUCUAGCAGUCAAACACAUAUAGAACCAAAUAUAAAUAGAGUUGAUCCAGGGAGUAGUUCAUCACAUAUGCAAUGCCAGGAGCAAUUUAAUCUCGUCGAGGAGAUGUUCACUGACGCAUUAGGGGUGAAUGUAGCGUAUGAUGAACCACAAGACUUAGAUGGAGAAGAGCUCCCGAAUGAGAAAGCUCAAAGGUUUUAUCAGCUGUUGAAAGAAAUAAAUAUACCAUUGUUUGAGGGGUCUUCUGACUCUAAGCUAUCAAUGUGUGUGAGACUUUUGGCUGCGAAAUCAAAUUGGAAUGUUCCUGAUCAGUGUUUAGAAUUCUUUGCGAGAAUGAUGUUGGACGCGACUCCUGUGAAAGAAAACAUGCCUACAAGUUAUUAUGAUGCAAAGAGGAUGGUGUCUAAGUUGGGAUUAGAAGUAAAAAAGAUUGAUUGUUGCAUUAGAGGUUGCAUGUUGUUUUAUGACAACGAGUUUGGUACAAAUGAUGGGGAAUUGGAGGAAUGUAAGUUUUGCGAGAGUCCGAGGUAUUUAGUUAACAGUAAAGGAGUUGACCAAAGGCAAAAUCGCAUUGCAGUGAAAUCUAUGUUCUAUCUACCAAUAAUAUCUAGGUUGCAAAGAAUGUUUGCAUCAAUGCACAGUGCAAGCCAAAUGGCAUGGCACCAUACAAACAGAAUUAGUUCAGGCAUGAUGCGACAUCCAUCUGAUGGCGAGGCAUGGGAACACUUUGAUAGAGUUCAUCCUGAAUUUUCCCUUGAACCCAGAAAUGUCCGACUUGGAUUAUGCUCAGAUGGUUUCACUCCUUAUAAUUUUUCAGGAAACGCAUAUUCUUGUUGGCCAGUUAUUGUUACCCCGUACAAUCUCCCUCCUGAGAUGUACAUGACGAAACCUUACAUGUUUUUGACAUGCAUCAUUCCGGGACCGUCGAGUCCAAAGGCGGGAAUCGAUGUUUAUUUGCAACCUUUAAUUGAUGAUCUCAAGAGGCUGUGGGUGGGAGCGUGGACUUAUGAUGUGUCUCGUAAACAAAAUUUUAAUAUGCGAGCGGCUUUGAUGUGGACAAUUAAUGACUUUCCUGCAUAUGGCAUGUUGUCUGGAUGGGGUACACAUGGUAAAAUGGGAUGUCCGCAUUGCAUGAAUCACACAAAAGCGUUUACUUUGGACUUUGGUGGGAAAAGUUCGUGGUUUGACUGUCAUCGUAGGUUCUUACCUACCAACCAUGAAUUUAGAAGGAAUAAAGAUGCUUUUAGAAAAGGAAUAAAAGUAAAAGAUCUACCUCCCCCUCGAUUGUCAUCGACUCAAGUAUGGAAUAAUGUUUGUGACCUACCAAAAUUCACAGACUAUGGUGAAGCACGUAGAAUUAAAGGAUAUGGGGUUGACCAUAAUUGGACAAAAAGAAGUAUCUUUUGGGACCUCCCAUAUUAG